AGUGACUGUGGUAACGUGACAGUAACACCACAGCUCCAUGUAUCAGCCUGUAUCGAGGACUGUGGGACCUAUGGAGAGUGUCGACUGUUGAGGUCCUUCAGCUAUCUCUACGCUGCCUGUGUCUGCAAAGCCGGUUGGAGUGGGUGGGGCUGUACUGAUGACAUCACAGCCCAGUCGUACGGUCGUCAGCUGACAGCAGUUCUUCUGCUCACGCUCAGUAACCUCCUCUUCAUCCCGCCCAUCGUCAUCGCUGUCCGACGCUGUUACAUCACUGAGGCCUCUGUCUACCUCUUUACCAUGUUCUUCUCUACUUUCUACCAUGCAUGUGACCAGCCUGGUUUAACAGUGAUGUGUAUCAUGGAUUACGACACUCUCCAGUACUGUGACUUCCUGGGUUCAGUCUGUUCUAUCUGGGUCACUGUUCUCUGCAUGGCCCGAGUCAGAGACACAUUCAAACACAUGCUGUUCAUGCUCGGUACUCUGCUGAUAGCGAUGUCCAUGCAGCUGGACCGGAGAGGACUGUGGAACAUGCUGGGACCCAUCCUCUGUGCUGUACUGGCCAUGGUGACCUCCUGGGUGUAUCGAGGGCUGAAGAGGAAACAGUGCUACCCCCCCUCUUGGCGGCGUUGGGUACUGUUUCUCCUCCCAGGCCUGGCCUCAGCGCUGGUCGGUGUGUGUGUGUACGUGUUUGCUGAGACGGAGGACAACUACCUGUACACACACUCUCUAUGGCACGUCCUGGUUGCCUCUAGUGUGGUGUUCCUUCUGCCUCCCAGAGAGACAGACUCCAUGAACACCUGGAGCCCUGGAGUCUGUGGUUACACACUCUGUCACAGCACCAAGGAGGAACUAUAUACUGUCACCUGACCUCUGACCCUGGACCUGUGGAGACCAACACUGUCACAUAGGUUUAAGGCUGUGACCAUACCAGUAUUGACAGAUUUGUUUUCCAUGACAAAAAUGAAUAUCUGAAACAGACAACUCUUUUGUCCUUUAAUAACCUGCUGGAUGUCAAAUCUAGUGUUUUAUAGCCUGGAAAAACAUUAAUGAAAACAUAAUGAUGCUGAAUAACCUGCUGGAUGUAAAAUCUAGUGUUUUAUAGCCUGGAAAAACAUGAAUGAAAACAUAAUGAUGCUGAAUAACCUGCUGGAUGUAAAAUCUAGUGUUUUAUAGCCUGGAAAAACAUUAAUGAAAACAUAAUGAUGCUGAAUAACCUGCUGGAUGUAAAAUCUAGUGUUUUAUAGCCUGGAAAAACAUUAAUGAAAACAUAAUGAUGUUUAGUAACCUGCUGGAUGUAAAAUCUAGUGUUUUAUAGCCUGGAAAAACAUUAAUGAAAACAUAAUGAUGUUUAGUAACCUGCUAGAUGUAAAAUCUAGUGUUUUAUAGCCUGGAAAAACAUUAAUGAAAACAUAAUGAUGCUGAAUAACCUGCUGGAUGUCAAAUCUAGUGUUUUAUAGCCUGGAAAAACAUUAAUGAAAACAUAAUGA